CUCUAAAGUGAGACAAAAAGCUCAUAAAAGUGCAACAUCCUCCCCCACAAAGUGUACGUAGAAACGCGCGCGCGCCAAAUGGUGUAAAUCGGUAACGCGGCAGCUUUUCUGCAACGACUUGCAUCAUUCUGUUGCAGGGCCCACGAAAGGGUGGCCGAGAAGUGAAGUGUGGCCAGGUGUAAGGCGAGAAAGAAGAGCUCUACGCUAAAGCCCUGCUGAUAAUGCUAUCGCGCAUCGGCGGCGGCAGCGGCCAUCAUCAUCAGGGCCAGCAGCCCUCAUCGGCACCACCAUCGCCGCAGGCCGUGACGAUGACCGGUAGCCAACAUCAUCAGCACAAGGACUCGCACGAGGUGGACGAUCUGGACGAGUACCUGUCGGAGUACAAGCUGCAGGCACCGAUCGAACCCAUCGCCCAUUAUGCCGAUGGCGAACUGGAAGCCGAAUGGCUCGCUUCGGCAGGAUUUCCCCAGCUAACCAAAGCAUUCGAAGAGGGUCGCGAACUAUCCGCGACGGAACUAGCUCCGGUCAUCUCUGGCCUAUCGAGUGUACACGCGGAAGCGGUCAAACAGCGCGUAAAAGCACUCAACCGCACGGUACGUGGCCGCACGCGUAACCGUUCGACCAAGAAACCGGACAUUCGAGACGUUUUCCGGGAUCAGGACUCAUCCAGCACGGGUACUCGUUCACGCAGUGCUACUCCAGAUUCACUCGAUUCGCUGCCAGGUGAUGACGCCUGGAAUGGAUCAAACGGUAAUGGGCACCAUCAUCCGCAUAUACCGAGCUUCGUUUCCGUAUUCGAUGGAAAUGGAGUCGUCCGACCGACACCUAUCCGUGGCAAGCAACACCUUCGGCGUACACCGAGUGCGCCUUUGCGAGGCUCAGCUGAGCUUUUCCGUGGAUCGCACAUCCGCUGCGACAUCCCAAUACACAACGAGGGCAUUGAGUUGCUCAAUUUCCAAAGACUGGGUACGAUCCACAUACCAAGGAUUCGAUCCGGCUCCGAUCCAUCGUGCACCAUCGGACCCCACGCUGGUCAGCACAUUUCUGGCACGCGCAGCCACACGAACCUAUACAACGGUACGCCCGUGGUCCGGCGGGACAACGAUGACUCCGGCAACUCGUCCUCGGAACAGAGCCCGCCAAGCUCGCCGCCCCGCAACAGUCUGCUCGGGUCGGUGGAGAACUCGCCGCUUCGAUCGUCAUACGAACCGGUCAGCUUCGAGAGCAUGAUCAAGCAGACGACCCCGUCGGCAGCGGACCAGUGGCAACCGGCAUUGGAGGCGUCCCGAGAGCCCUGUCUCGACAUCGAUCAGAUUUCGGAGGGUGAACAGAAACGUCUCCAGCCACUGCUUUGGCUCGAGCUGGCUUCACUGUUCGAUAAGAAUCACGUAUCGUUGGACAAACGGAAACCGUUCAAGCGAAAGCGCAAGGAGGAGGGCAACGUGUUUGGCGUGUCCUUGAAUGCGUUGGUGCGCCGAGACCAGCAGGUCACCGGUGAGGAUACGACACUGGUGCCACGUGUGCUGCAGGCUAUCCUGUCGGAGUUGGUAGCACGAGGUGCUAAGGAGGAGGGCAUACUUCGCGUACCGGGCCACAAGCAGAAGACCGAAGCUCUCUAUAAUGAGAUCGAGCACAGUUUCUACUGUAAACCGGAGAAGAUCGAGCCUCUUAUCAAGAAGGCCGGUGUGCACGAUCUCAGCGCGUUGUUGAAGCGCUGGUUACGGGAGCUACCGCAGCCACUCUUGGCCAACGAUCUGGUGCAUCUUUUCUAUCAAACGAAUGUUCUACCUCCGCACGAUCAGUACAAAGCACUGGCGGUCCUUUGCCAGCUGCUGCCGCACGAGAACCGCAACACGCUGCGCGAGCUGUUGAACUUUUUCCGCCGGGUUGUGGAGCUGCAGGAUCUCAACAAGAUGUCCCAGCAUAACGUAGCGACCAUUAUCGCACCUUCGUUUUUCCCUCCACGAUUCGUCCAUCCACCGGAUAAGAACGAUAUCGCAGCGCAGGUGCGCAUGGCGGCCAAGUGCUGCAACCUGACGAACGUGCUCAUCACCAUGACGGACAGCUUGUGGAUGGUGCCGCAACGUUUGAUUGAGCAGGGCAAGUUGAUCAACAAGAACGGCCAGCCGAAGCGGCAGCUCACGCGGAAACUCAAAAACGGAACCGGCAGCAUCAUAUCGAUCCAUCGGAGUGCGACCAACGGUGGCGACUUCGUGUUCGACACCAACCACAUCCACCGGUUAGUGAUCUGAUUGCGGGCGGCCGCCACAUCCCACUGGAAUACAGGGUCUUACCACCAAUAAGCUUUAUCACCGUCGUCAGAAACAAAGAACAUAAACGCUAAAACCACUUCAGAUACUUAAUACUUAAUAUAACGCUUAAUACAAGCAGUAGUUACUAGCGAUACGAUACGAAUGGUAUUAAUCUUUGCACGCGCAUUCGCCACCAUACGUCCAUACCUCAUUAGGCGAUAGAGAAUGGAGAUUGGAACGCCCUUUUUGGGUGUUUCCGUCUUUCGAGGCCCUUCAGCCGGGUGCUUUGUACAGGUCAGUUAGCCAGGUCGUUUGGUAAAUGGUGCGAUUUGUCGUGCAUCUCCACGAAACCGUGCAGGGUGUCGCGAGGAAAUAGGACAUUAAGGACAUUACUUAAGAGUUUGCAUAGCACGCGAGCGUUUUGGAGCACAUAUGUAUAUAGUUUUGGCGUGUUUUCUAAUUCGAGCAGCAUUUAGAGCUUUCUACUCCUUCCCUCUCCGAAACGUCCGUUCCGUAGGAACGGUGGUUUAAAUAUAGGUACACUCUUUGACGCCAACAAGCGAUGCGAUUCGUUCUUUACAAUUCUCUGCGAGGUCCGCAAGGAACGUUGCAUCUAUUCAUCGAUUGGGGAGUCACUCGUGCUGGUCUAUUCUUGGAAUGACCGGAGCGGAUCUUUUCCCGCGUUCUAUUGCGUUAUGGAAGAAAACCCAUUAAUGUUCGAUUGGUUGGUUCGGCAGGGUUAAAAAUAGACGCUCUAUCCACAUCCAUCAACAAAUUCCAGCUGCGUUUGGUUGGAAAUAGAUAGGAAUUGAAUAUGGUUCAAAGGUUAUUGGAUGGAUAAGCAAACGAUGGAGGUUUUUGGGAGAACAGAGCAUUGGGCAAUAGCAAUAUCGCGGUUCGUUGCACGCACCGAAUCGACCAUUAUGUUAGGGCAAAAAUACUAUCGAACGAUCGCUUGCUAGGAGGCCAACGAGAAAUUGUACCGAAUAUAGUCAACGACAAUAUUUAUUAUGCUUAGAUGGAACGCCGGAAGCUGAAGGAGUUUUUCUUAAUAAAGGAAUUUAUGAGCAGUCCCGAAUCGCCAACAGGACACAGGAUGAUGCACAUCCUGUUGCCUGUGCGAGUGGGUGUUAUUGUGUGCAUAAUUAACGUGCGUGUGAAACAUUACCGGUUAGCAAUAAUCUGAGUGUGAUGAUAGUGUUGCCUCAA